AUGGAAAUAACCACACGCCAGACUGCUGAAAACUUGCGACUGCGAGUUGAAGAAGUUUUGAAGUUGUAUGAUUCCGGUGUGGUGCAUAUUUAUUCGUGUACUACGGACAAUGGCAAGAAUAUGCUAAAAUGUGUACGGGAAUUGAACAAGUCUCAGCACAUGGCUCUCGAUUCGGAAACUGAGUUAAGCUAUGAAGACAUGUUCAACAAUGAAGAAGAGAAACACGAUGAAUAUAUUGCCAACUAUGAAACAGCACAGGUAGAUCAAGAAGUGGAUGAGAUGUUAGAGGCGGUAGAAAGCAUUUUUCUGCAUGGUAACGAAUCUUGUAUUGCUACUCUGAAAUGUGUCGCGCAUACAAUCAACUUGGUGGUGAAGGACGUGAUUAAUGGAGAGGACGAAAGUUUGAAGAAAAUCCGAAAAAUAGUGAAAUUCUGUCGGAAAACCGAAUAUAAACCAUUUUUCGAUUUGGCAAAAGUACCUCUUCCGAAAAUUGACGUCGAAACCAGAUGGGGUUCUAUGUACGAGAUGGUUGCAUGCCUAUAUGCCCAAAGUACUUUUUAUAAAGAUUUGGGCUGCAAAUUUGAUGAACUCCGGCUUACAGAGGACGACUGGGAUUACGUCAUAGAAUUUUCAUGUGCAUUUGAACAUGUGUAUGGUCUAACAAAGAAUCUACAAUCGGAUGACUUAAUUUUGGGUGACGUGUAUAAGUUUGUGAAGAUGUGUCAGCUGAAACUAAAACAAGUCCCACCGGGCAACAGGUUUUCCGAAAAAAUUGUUCAUGCAUUAACCACUCGAGCAACAGUAAUGAUGGAUAAUAACGCAUUCCGGGCCGCGUUACUAUUCGAUCAACGCUGGUGUUUCAUUGACUCUCCGUAUGUUACGACAGACGACAAGCUUGCUGCAAUUGAGCACAUUCUUAAAGUAAGCAAUAUUUUAACAACAUUUAAUACCAGGAUGGAACAGCAACCGGGAACAUCGAAUCAAGAUUCUAAAAACCCAACAGAAGACGAUUUGGAGGCUUUACUCGAGGAAGAGUGCCAGCAAGCAUCUACUUAUAGGUUGUGCCCUUCUCAAACGCUAUCCCGACAGCAACCGACACCUACGAAUCCGUAUCUCCAAGGCGAUCAUCGACUCCCGGCUUACGUACGGGAUCGAACUCACGUGCAUGACUCGAUCGACCCUCGUAGAAAAACUAUCUACUGUCUAUUACCAUCCACCCCUGGUUUAGCUGCCUGCGUUGAGGGUGGCAGGGACCGACUUAUCGACAUGACCAUCAGCCGCCAGACCAUCGGAUUUCUUGAGAAGGCUACGGGUUCUAGCGAAUGA